CCCGCCAUCGCCUGAGGCGCGUCUUCACGUCCUCAUCAGCCUCCCGCUCUCCUCGCGCGCCAUGGCAACGCUCGUCGCCAGCGUCGCCACCAUCUUCGCCGCCGGCGCCGUCGGCCUCAGCAUCGCCAGCCUCGCCGCCGUGCUCAAGCAGCCUUACGGUUACCGCAAUCGCCGCUACGGGCGCUCGGUCCGCGGGGACUCGGCGGCGCUGGAGCGGACGAUGGCGCUGAUCCGGCAGGAGGACGUCACCGGGUGCGGGAUGCGGCUCGUGUGCGAGCUGGGGGCGCUGCCCGCCCGCGGCGCCCACGAGGACGCCAUCCUCGAGCUCGUCGGGCGCCUUCCCCCGGGGACGGACCUCCGCGCCGCGGGAGAAACCGCCCUCGGCCAGUACCGGCUCUCGCGGGCGCUGGGCGAGGGCGGCGGCGACUGCGCCCGCGCCUUCCCCCUGUGCCCCUUCAACGGCUCGCAGCUCAUGCAGACGGUCUCCGGAUACGUGCCUUGAAGGACCUCCACCAGGACCUGCAGGGAAAGGCAUCCGAGCGCAUGUCAUGGGACCCUUGUCUCAUGGCGUCGCUCGGAAAGGAUCUUGACUGCACAGCAUAAUCA